ACCAACUCGAAUAUCCAAAAACAUCAUGGCCGAAGAACAAGAUCCAGUCCUCGUCGGCUUCAGCCAUCUGAUGAAUAAAUACGAACCAGUGUUCUUUGGGCAAUGGAGGGAUGAGGAAAACCCUCCCGAAGAAGGGGACUCCUCAGGCCUCUCGGAUGAUCAAAAACUUAAAACACUUCAAGAUCUCUUGGAUUCGAUGAAGCAUAGUCUUCUUCCCCAGCUCAACGACCAACUCACAACGCUCUCAGAUUUACUCUUCCCAUCCGCCUUCUGGAACCAACCAGAGAUCACGCGCAAACUGGUCUUGGAAACUCAGCCAGAGCUCGAGAGGACGAUCGAUCAGAUCAAGGCUACCAUCGCUACCCUCUGUCCCCUACCCACCCUCUCCACUUCAACCCGGACGGACGACCAGGAUCUCAAAGGGUUGAAAUACUACAGGCUCCAACGACUCAAGUCCAAAUUUAAUGAGGAACUCUUGUACCAUCUCAACCAACUCUUUACGCGUGCUUAUUUCGUCUUCCAACAAAUCCGAUGGGUACCGGAUCAAGUCAGACCCGAGCAGUUUGACGGAUGGCCAUGUCGAGAAGAAUUUGCCAAGCACGUCCGUCUAGGCUCUCUUACGAUCGCCUCCAUGGUCCUCAUGAUAGACUGUUCUGAGCUCGAUCUUGUCCAGCAACAAUGGGCACCAGAGCUCCAGAACAUCGAAGAGACGAUGAAAGAGAUGGGCGGGUUGAUUGCCCGCUCAUCCUCCGGUCGACCGAGUCCAUUACCGGUCGAAUUCGAAAAAUUGGGAUCCUUCAGCACUCGUCUGCCGGCCAACAUACCUCCGAAAACAAUGGUGAUCCGGCUGGCCCAACUGACGCUUCCGCUGAUGAUGAUACAGAUCCAGACGGAGGAGGGGAGCGGCUGA